GUCAAAUUACAAAAUGAGUGUUUGCGAAAAUCUAAAUUAUCAAUAAAAAUGAUUUAAAUAUAUAUCAAAAUAGAUGGGACCAAUGGAAAAUUUUUCUACGCAGGACACCAGUGGCAUGCAGCACCUGUUUCGGCCAAAUACACCAAAGUACACAUUCUCUUACCUGUCAGGUUAAACCCUCUGGAAAAGUUCCCUUCGAGGCAGGGAUAAAGAUUGAUGGACAUAAGAAGAGAGAUAGUUAAAAAGACGAGAAAGUGGCAGAUAAAACGAUAAUCAGCAAGCUGGCGAUUCUGUUCGAAACCUCCAGCAACAACCAGAUCGAACCGGAAAUAGUUCCACGAUGGUGGAGCGGCGGAGUGGCGGGGGCCAUUGCUCAGUGCUUCACUGCACCUUUCGACUUGAUCGAGGCGCGAAUGGUGAUAGUCAAGAAGGACAGGGGUAUGGCUGCCAGUCUUCAAAAAGCUAUCCGGAAAUAUGGUUUCUUUUCUCUUUAUGACGGCUUAAGUGCCCAGUUGGUGAGACAGCUGACGUAUACAUCGCUCCGGUUUCAUCUCUACGAAGUGGGUAAGGAUCAGAUGGACGAUCCCAUUGACUUCUUAGAUAAGGUUUUCGUGGCGGCCUUGGCGGGAUGUGUGGCCGGCGUUGUGGGCAUACCCAUGGAGCUGGUCAACACCCGUAUGCAAGUAAACCGCGCCCUGCCCAAGGAAAAGAGAUGGAAUUACCGUAACCUCUUCGAUGGGUUGUACCGCGUGACUAGGGAUGAGGGCUGGACGAAGCUCUACAGUGGAUGUCAUCUCUCUUUUCUUCGGUCCAGCUUAAUCACCGUCGGCCAAAAUGCAGCUUAUGAUCAGGCAAAGGAGAUAUACAUGGAAAUAUUUAAAAUGAAGCACGACAACACCUUGCUGCACCUGAUCAGUUCCGCGACGGCUGCUUGCAUGUGUGGGCCAAUUAUAAAGCCUAUAGAGAACUUAAGGACCCUCAAAAUGGUACACUCCCGUGGAUUUUAUAAAGCUUUCGCCUAUAUGAUGCGGUUUGGACUUCGGGGACCAUUUCGUGGCAUGGUGCCAUACCUUCUGCGAAUGGUCCCCAACACGGUUGUUACGUUUUUGAGUUUCGAGCAGCUUCGUGUUCAUUUUGGGUACUACGAAAUCGAUGAUAGUUAGUGUUAUUUUUCGAAAAGCCAUAGGUACUUGAAAUAUUGUGUGUGUACCAUGUAUAUGUCAGAAACCGAUACAAGACAAAUUAAAUAUAGAUAUUUUGGUAUGUAAAAA